ACCGUGUGUCAGUAUGGCGGCGGGCUGCUGUAGAAAGGAUGCUGGUUUUGGCAAUGAUGCCUCUCCUGUCACUAGAAUAUGAACACGAUAGCAACGAAAAGAUAACAAACAGGGCCUGACGUCGUGAUCUCUUGGAGCACUGAUAUGACUAGGCUAGCCGAUUACUUUGUGCUGGUCGGGUACGACGUCGAUAAAAGGGGGAGUAGUGAUGGUCAAGGCCGGAUUCUCCAGCGCUUUCCUGAGAAAGACUGGGAGGAUAACCCUUUUCCCCAGGGAAUUGAACUGUUUUGUCAGCCCAGCGGAUGGCAGCUGUUCACCGAGAGGCAACCACCAACUUUUUUUGUAGCAGUUCUGACCGAUAUUAACUCUGAGCGCCAUUACUGUGCCUGUUUCACUUUCUGGGAAGCAUUAGAAGACUCACAGCCCCUGAAGAGCCUCUCUGGUGAAGAUGAUGAGGAUUCUGGUGUUAUCCAGCAAGCCCAGAUGUUUGCUCCAAAGAGCUUGGUAUUGGUAUCUCGGCUGGACCACACAGAAGUCUUCAGGAACUGUCUGGGCCUGAUCUACACAGUACACUUAGAGGGUCUGAAAGUGCCAUUGGAGACAUUGAUUGGAAACCUACUGACAUGCUUCAUACCCAUUGCUGGAGGAUCCCAGCCUGGCAUGGAUGAGAGAGAGGAAAGCUUGAGAACCGUAACACUGGGGGCAGGUGAUCGGCAAGUGAUCCAGACACCCAUUAACGAUUCACUGCCUGUAAGUGGCUGUAGUGUUGCACUACUCUUUAAACAGUUAGGAAUCAUAAACGUGCUGUACCUGUUCUGUGCUGCUCUUACUGAACACAAGAUCCUUUUUUUGUCCAGUAGUUACCAACGGCUCACAGAUGCAUGUCGAGCUCUUCUAUCCAUCAUGUUUCCACUUAAGUACUGUUUCACGUACAUCCCAAUCCUGCCAGGUAAACUUUUGGAGGUACUGUGCACCCCAACACCAUUCAUCAUUGGAGUCAGUUCCUUCUUUCGUUCAGAGACACAGGAACUGUUGGAUGUAAUUAUAGCAGACCUUGAUGGAGGGACAGUGACCAUUCCAGAGUGUAUCCACAUCUCAUUGCUACCUGACCCUCUAUUACAUCAGACUCAGACUGUACUGUCCAUGAUUUUAGAUCCGGAGUUAGAGGUUGCAGAUCAUGCUUUUCCACCAUCUGCUAUGCAACCUUCUUCACUUAAAAUCCAGGAUAAAGAAAUCCGUGCUGUGUUUCUAUGGUUGUUUGCACAGUUGUUUCAGGGUCAUCGCUGGUGUCUGCAUAUCAUUCGCAUCCAUCCUGAACCUGUCAUCCGAUUUCAUAAGGCUGCGUUUUUGGGUCAGCGUGCUCUGACUGAAGAUGAUUUUCUCAUGAAGGUAUUGGACGGGAUGGCAUUUGCUGGUUUUGUAUCAGAGAGGGGACCAUCUUACAGAGCAAUUGAUCUUUUUGAUGAACUUAUAGCCACUGAAGUUGAGCGAAUCAGAUUGGAGGAGGGAAAUCCACACAAAGUAAUGAAGCACGUCAAGCAGCUUGCUGAACAACUCUACAAAAAUGAGAACCCUUACCCAGCCGUUGCCAUGCACAAGGUACAAAGGCCAACAGAGGGCUCCCACUUGCGGUUACAUCAGACAACCUUCCCCCACCUUGAUGAGGUGACAGUUCAGCUGUUCAUUGACCAUGCCGCUGCCAAACAAAAAAACGAAAUACCUGCUGUUAAAUCAGAGAAGAAAUGUAUGGUGCCGUCCGGACCUCCCCCUGAUACCAUCAUUGACAGCAAUGUCCUAGCUAACAGUGCUCGGAGAUUAGAAGUGGUCAGGAACUGUAUUACUUACAUCUUUGAAAACAAAACCGUAGAAGCUAAAAAGUUGUUGCCUGCAGUUCUGAGGGCACUAAAGGGGCGUGCAGCCCGGCAAUGCCUGACCGAAGAGCUGAACCUCCAUGUACAACAGAACCGUGCUGUACUGGACGAUCAACAGUUUGACUACAUUAUCCGGAUGUUGAACUGUACCCUCCAGGACUGCUCUCAUAUGGAUGAACAUGGAAUAGCAGCAGCACUUUUACCCCUUGUUACAGCCUUCUGCAGAAAACUUGGAGCUGGGGUCACCCAGUUUGCCUACAGCUGUGUUCAGGAUCACAGUGUCUGGACCAACAUGCAGUUUUGGGAGGCUAUGUUUUACAGCGAUGUCCAGAAUCACAUUCGUGCACUCUAUCUUGAAGGCAAUGAAAAUGAGGAACAUAGCCAGGAGCAUGAGUCUGUACCAGAAGACAAGUCUGCACUAGAGAUUGCUUCUGAACAGAGAAGACAGUGGCCAAUGCUGAGCAAAGACAAGCAGCAGGAACUGAUUCAAAAAGAAGAGAGCACUGUGUUCAGUCAGGCUAUUCACUACGCCAAUCGCAUGAGCUACCUGCUGCUCCCCCUGGACACCAGCAAGAACAGGCUCCUGCGCAGCGCUGGGUUGGGGGACUUUGAGAGUGUCAGUAACAGCUAUGUCACCAACAGCAUUGCGGGUAGCAUGGCUGAAAGCUACGACACUGAAAGUGGUUUUGAAGAUGCCGAAAGUUCUGAUGUUGCCAACUCUGUGGUCCGGUUCAUCAACAGAUUUGUGGAUAAAGUUUGCACUGAAAGUGGUGUGACCAAUGAGCACCUGAAGGCACUUCACUUGAUGAUACCAGAUAUCGUGCAGAUGCACAUUGAGACCCUGGAUGCUGUUCAUAGGGAAAGUAAGAGACUGCCAGCUAUACAAAAGCCGAAGCUGCUGCUUCCAGCACUGCUGGUGGGUGAGGAGCUGGUGAUGGAGGGGUUGAGGGUAUACCUAAUUUCAGAUGGCCGAGAUGAGGCAACAGGUGGAGUAAUGGGGGGACCACCGUUGCUUCCUGCAGAGGGAGCGAUCUUCCUUACCACUUACCGACUCAUCUUUAGAGGGACUCCCACUGACCCCUUGGUGGGUGAGCAGGUGGUAAUUCGGUCAUUCCCCAUUGCCUCCCUGACAAAAGAGAAGAAGAUUUCUGUUAGCGUGCAGAUGGACCAGUUCAUCCAGGAAGGGCUGCAGUUACGAUCGUGCACAUUCCAGUUAAUGAAGAUUGCUUUUGAUGAGGAGGUAGCAUCUGACCUGGCAGAAGUGUUCAAGAAACACCUCCACAAACUGCGCUACCCACAGCAUGUUAACGGCACUUUUGCUUUCACUGUUGGACAGUCGUUUAAAGUGGUGGUUGAACACAAGCAUAAGGAGAAGAACCAAUCGUUAAAAACCCUUUCUAAGAACCUUGUGAAAAAUGCUAAGAGAACAAUGAGCCGUCAGCAUGUGACACGAAAGAAGUACACGCCCCCAACGUGGGAAAACAGAAGCAGCCUUCAGUCUCAGGUUGAUGAGGAUGACAUUUCAGUUUCAGAAGAAGUGGACCAGAGCUCCUUGACCCUGUCUUCCACCAUAAAAUCCUCUGAUAGGCAAACAAUGAGCAACGUGGUGGAGCGGGCAUGUUGCAGGGACUAUCAGCGGCUUGGCCUGGGGACCCUGAGCAACAGCCUGACAAGAUCAAAACAUGAACCUUUCAGGAUAUCCACUGUAAACCGCAUGUAUGCGGUUUGUCGGAGCUAUCCAGGUCUGCUGAUUGUGCCCCAGAGCAUCCCAGACCUCACUAUUCAGCGGAUAUCACGCUGCUAUCGGCAGAACCGCUUCCCUGUGGUUUGUUGGAGGAACUCCCGGACCAAGGCUGUUCUGCUCAGGUCGGCCGGGCUGCAUAGCAAGGGAGUAGUGGGAUUCUUCAAGUCCCCUAAUGCACCAACAGCAGGACCCUCUCAGGCAGACUCCACCAGUCUGGAGCAGGAGAAGUACCUGCAAGCCAUCAUCAAUUCCAUGCCUUCCUACUCGGAUGCAAGCGGGAGGAACACACUGAGUGGCUUCACCUCUGCACACAUGAGCAGCUCAGAUUCUUCAGAUAAGCAGAGACAACCAAAGAUUGGAGCCCUUAUGAAACAGGUGAUGGGCAGCAAAGAAGAGCUUCCAGGUACCUUUAGCAAGGGAGACUCUGUGCUAGGUCACAGAGCUAGGGCCAUCUCUCUAUCACAACAUAGAACAUCGGUGAAGGCAAGAAACCUUCCGAGAGGGAAAUGGGGCAGUAUUCGUGGCGGUGGGCGGAUGAGCAGCUAUAGCCCAGACAUUGGAACCAGGCUAGCAGGAAAAGAUACAUCAUCCCCACAAACCAAUGGAGGGCCGUCUGAGGCACACUUCGUCCAACAGCAGAGGGCUUACCUAUACAUCAUAGGAGACAAGUCACAGCUAAAGGGUACAAAACAGGACCCUCUUCAGCAGUGGGAAGUGGUACCUAUUGAAGUUUUUGAUGUGCGGCACGUGAAAACUAGCUUCAAAAAGCUAAUGAAGGCUUGUAUUCCUAGCUCCACAUCCACUGAUCCCAACAUGACCUAUUACCGGUGCCUUGAGGAGUCUGAUUGGCUGUGUCUAAUCCACAAGGUUCUCCAGGUUUCAGUGCUGGUGGUGGGGCUGUUGGACUCUGGCUCUUCAGUUAUGGUCAGCCUGGAAGAUGGAUGGGACAUCAGCACGCAGGUGGUCUCCCUUGUUCAGCUGCUGUCAGACCCGUACUACAGAACAAUGGAUGGUUUCCGGUUGCUAGUGGAGAAGGAGUGGCUGUCUUUUGGUCACCGUUUCAGCCAUCGUGGUGCACAGACUUUGGCCAGCCAAAGCAGCGGCUUCACGCCUGUAUUUCUGCAAUUCCUGGAUUGUGUUCAUCAGAUCCACCUUCAAUUCCCCAUGGAGUUUGAGUUCAGUCAGUACUACCUGAAGUUCCUGGCCUACCACUAUGUUUCCAACCGUUUCAGGACCUUCCUGCUAGAUUCGGAUUAUGAGAGGAUUGAACUUGGUGUGAUGUAUGAAGAGAAAGGUGAAAGAAAAAGCCAGCAGGUGUACAAGUCUGUUUGGGAUUACAUCGACCGGCUGAAUAAGAAAACCCCCAUCUUCUUUAACUACAUGUUUGCUCCAGAGGAUGGAGAGGUGUUGAAGCCAUACAGUUUCAUCUCAAACCUGAAAGUGUGGGAUUUCUAUACAAAUGAGACCCUGUCAGAAGGCCCCUCAUAUGACUGGGAGUUGGUGCACGGAAGACAGGAGCAAAUGGAUGAGAGCGACCGCCAGGACACAUCUGCCCCCAAAUCCCAGCGCAGAAUCAUCUGGCCCUGUUACGACAACAGGAGCAAAGUGGAGCCGGACGCCAUCACUAAACUCUUCCAUGAGAUGCAGUCUCUGGAGAUGGAACUGGGACAGGUUUCUGAGAAGUGGAAGGAUACGUGGGAUAAGAUCAAAGCCACGCAAAGAACAGAGUCAAAACUGGAAAGCAGGCACUCGCUGUCCAGCUCUCUGCUAAUGUCUUCAAACCUGAGCCACCACCGGCAGUCACAGGGCAUGUAUGUGAAGGAGACCAGGGUUGGCUCCUCCCUCAACCUGUCUAUGGACAGCGAGAGCAGUGUCACUGCCACACCUUCCAGCGGCAUGGGGCGUGGCCGGCAGAGCACCAGCACCCUUUACAGCCAGUUCCAGACCUCUGAGAGCGAGCACAGGUCGUUUGAGGGAAUACUUUACAAGAAGGGUGCUUUAUUAAAGCCGUGGAAACCCCGCUGGUUUGUGCUGGACAAAACUAAGCAUCAGCUGAGGUACUACGAUGCCAGGCAGGAUAAAGACUGCAAGGGAGUGAUUGAUCUUGCUGAAGUGGAGUCUGUUAUCCAAGGGAUACCCACCAUGGGAGCCCCGAAAAAUAUUGAUGAAAAAGCCUUCUUUGAUCUGAAGACAACAAAAAGAUUUUACAACUUUUGUGCACAAGACAGUCAGAAUGCCCAGCUGUGGAUGGACAGUAUUCAGAGCUGCUUGUCUGAUGCGUGACAUCGUCAAAGAAAGCUAAAUCAGCCUGGGUUAUAUGGAGGCAUUUUCACCUAGCCUGGAGAAAAUUGGUUCUGUAGUGCACUGGAGGGGAGUUGUGUAAACUAAAGACAUGAGACCACUCCAGUUUCUAAUUGCAGAGGUCCCACGAAAGCACAAGUGGAAGGAUGAUUGGGUGACCUUGUUCAGUAUUGGUGACAUUGUCAACCGAUGAUGUCAUGUCAAUGUGUUUUUGUCCUUUUUUUUUUCCCCUAUGGCUACUGCAGUUGUCUUACUGUUUUCACAACAGCUGUGGUGAGUCACUGCUACCAUAAACCACAGUUUUAUUUUUUUUACAACCUUAGUUUACCACUGUUGGGGUUACUCUUGAAUUCAUGACCAAUAACGUAUACUUUGUUUCAGAUAAAAUGCAGCUCUGUCCAGGCUACAAGUACGGUCCCAAACUGGCAUUCCUUAGUAGUUUCUCAAUUGAAUGUGUCAGAAUUCAAAGCUUUUUUUCCAGCCUGACUUGUGCACUAUAGACCUUUACUUGAUGACCUGGUCAGCAUGAGGUUUCCUGAAGCAGCCAGGUUAUCAUCUUGCGUAAAGAAAAUAUAAGAUAUAUGUCUCUCCUAUAUAACACACACACACACACACACACACACACAUUCAUACAUACUGUCUUCCAAAGCAUCAAAUGGAGUAGGCAGUGUUUUGGUUGGGGUUAACUUCCCCAAAGACAUUGGUCAAGUCAAGCCUCAAUUUGAUUAAAUUCAGACCUCUCAACAGACCAAGUUUUUAUUUCUGUCUGUAAAUUCAUCAUUUCUUGUUCAGUUGAGGCCCCAUGUGAUUCACCUGAUCAAUACUCCUGUUUAUUACUGUAUGUAAACCCACGCAGAGAGAUUGCAAACAUUUUUUCAAAUUUGGUUGGACAAAAGGACUUGGAACUGAAUUUGAAUUCCCUGGCUUUAAUGCACUAACAACUAUAUGCUGUGUUUUCAAAUGUUACUUUUUGUUUUAAUCUGGUCUAUCAAGGCAGUGAUUUUACAGCCAUUUUGUGGUACUGAGAGGAAUUAAUAACCAGUGAGAUUUCAGGUGGCCAUAAAGAAUUGUAAGCGAAUCAGUUUGCUCUGUAUUUAAAUUUACAAUAUUGAUACCAUUUUUUCAUCUGUAUUGGCCAUGUUUGUUAUUUACAUGGAAAACCCUGACAACCUAAAGUAAAAAAGUUCAAGAAUGCCAGUUUGGGUUUGUGGAUAUGCGUUUACCCAGGGAACGAGGGAAUGUCAAGUAGUAAAAAAUGAAUAAUUACAACUGUUUACAGAGCAGCUACCAACAAUAUUUAAAGCUCUUCCUUUUUUGUUGAUGUUACGAAACCACUAUUAAUGUUUAAAAUGUAAGGGAUGCAUGAGGACAACGAGGGAUAUAUUAUGUUGUGAUUUAUUAACUUAUGCAAAAUGCAGUUACUAAAUGAAGCAAAGCAAACGGGAAAGGGGAAUCCCAGAAUAGCUAGUGGAUGCUAGAGUUUUCAGAACUCGGCUGCGAGAGGUUUUAACUUGCUUUUCCAGUUAAUGAGCUUAUGCUUGACAUGUUGGAAUUACUGCAUGCAAGUACCACCACUGUCCCCUUUAUUGCGUUCCCACGUGUCUUUUUGUAAGAACGGUUUUCAGUUAACCAUCACAGUCUGACUUAAAACUAUGUAUCUGAUCAAAGUGGGUUUUUUAAAGGGAUCUUUUUUUUUUUUUAUUAAAAUGGAUUGGCUGCUUCUCAAUGUCAGGUUUUGUUCUUUUGUUGUCCCAUUCCCAACAUUGCCACUGUUAAAUUGGCUGUAGCUACAAAGUGUUCCAUUCACCAUCUAGGUCUGAAGUGUCGUUUUGAAAGAAGCACACAUUUAUAUUAUCUCUGAAAGCCUUGGUCUCAGUUUUUUUGGGGGUUGUUUUCAAUCAUUUCACCUAGAGAAUGAAAUAGCCCCCACCUCUUUCCUGUCAAUCUUUAACCAGCUGUUCCCUCUGUUGAUGGGCAUGCUUUGCGCUAAGAAACAUGCUUUUACCACAUUUACACUGUUGAGGUGAAGUGACCUAGGAAGUGAAACCCUACAAGAAAACUGAACUAACCUUGUGCAGUGCCAGUUACCAUGUUUUAAAAUAAAAAUACUGCCUUGAGAUGAUGUGUUUCUUUCAAAACUACACAAGCUACAAUCCUUUGCGUGCUUCCGAAGUAAUGUCUAUACAUUUCAGCCAUUGCAGUUGGAGGGGGGGAGUAGCCCUGUGUGGUAUUUGUAUGUUUAACAGCAUGCUUGAGAUUCCAGUGAGCAAUGUGACAGGUUCCAGUCUUGCUGAAAUAGAAUUCAACUUGCGCUAUCAAAAAUAUGGUAAUGGUCAAUUGAAACAUCCCACUGUGAAAGAGAAGUGGAAUUUACUGUACCUUUUGUUCCUAAAUCCCCUUCUAUUUUAAUGCUUUUGAACAAACAUGCAUGCUCACGUUGAUAUCCUGUAACCACACAGUGAAUCAUUGUAUACUUACAGUUUUACCCAACUGGCUUCCUGGUGCAACAGAAUAGACAAAGCAGUAGAGUCACAUACAUCACCUAGUAUUUUAGGAUUGAGACAUUUAUAUAUAUAUAUAUAUAUAUAUAUAUAUAUAUAUAUAUAUAUA